AUGAGGCGCAUGCGCGGUGCUGGACGGCGCUGGAGCUGCGGGCCCGGCGCGGGCUCGCGGAGGGGCCGGGGGGCAGCCGUUGGCGGAGGCGAAGCGGCGUGCGGCUGGCGGGGCCUGGCGGGCGGCUCGCCGCAGCAGCUGGCGGAGCGAUACGCGGACUUGGCCGCCAGCCACAGCGAGGCGGUGCGGGCCCGCGAGGAGCGGGAGCGCCAGAACGUGCGGCUGCGGGACGAGAACGCGCGGCUGCGGCUGGAGAACCGCCGGCUGAGGCGGGAGAACCGCAGCCUCUUCCGCCAGGCGCUGUUGGGGCCCGGCCCGGAGCCCGACGCGCCGCCCCGCCCGGGCUCCGCCCCCGAGCAGCAGCAGCAGGAGGAGGAAGCGGCGCUCGCGGCCCAGCUGCGGCGGCUGCAGGAGAGGCACCGCCGGGCCCUGCAGCAGCUGCGGCGCCGCCGAGCCCAGGACGGGCUGGAGGAGGACGGGGAGCUGGACGAGCUGCUGCGGGAGUUGGACGGGGAGCAGCAACAGCCCCCGGGGCAGCAGCCGCCGGAGAAGAAGAGCCUGGUGCCGCCCCUAUAACCAGGGGGAGGCUGACGGGGCUCCGCAGUGGUUUGGGGGGACCCCCACAGCCAGAUCACUGGGGUGAGGAGCCCCUAUCACUCUCUCCAGCCCCCCUUUGCUACCUGAGGCGGACCCAGCUGGCUGCACUCUGGGGCCGCCUCACAGCGGGGCUCCUCUGCCCCACAGGUUUUUGGGGUCCCAGAAGUAGGCACGGGAGCUUUCUGCAGGAGAAGCCACAGCAUCUGGAGGAGGCCCCAAGGAGCCCCACGCAGCAGGAGGGAAAGGGCCUCACAGCAGCAGGUGCCUCGUGCCCUUGGAUGUUGAGGAGAAGUUCGUCCUAGAGGGAGAAAUGGAUUCUGGACUUUGCCGCCUCCUGGCAUUGCCCUGUCUGCCUUCUCUGCUUUGAUUUGGACCUGUGUGUCUAGUUAUCUUUGUGCAGGAGUGAACAAAUCUCAUAGAGGCCAUAAUAGCCCUGUAGAUGACCCAACAAUGGCACAUUUGUUAGCCUGCUACUAGGUUUUAGUACCCAUGUAUAUCAGUUUAAAAAAAUGAAAAGUUUGUGUGCCAGAUUUAUUUUGACAGCACUUUAAAUGAAAGCUGAUAAUCCUCGGAAUCCUUCUGAAUUGGUUGGAUAUCAUCUGCAACUCCAUUCUCUGUAUAUCUUUGACUAUUGCUUUGUUCAUCCUUGUCUGUUGCAUAAUUGGUCUAGACAUGGCACUUCCAAUUCAUAAAACUAUAGGUCAUACUAAAUAAAUCCUUGACACACCAAAACGCUUCUACUAGAUGUGAUUUGUAAUAUGCAGUUGAAUAUAAUAUAUACAUUAUUUGUUUUAUACUGUAAAUAGCUACUCUUCAAAGUUCUUAAAUUUUGGUACUGAGGUUUUUUCAAAAUUCUAAGAAACAAGCUACUCAAUCUUUCUGUUUUAAGUAAACUAUUUUUUUCACUUACAUAACGGAAACUAUUUUAAUUUUUAGUUUCUAUUUGCUGUCUGAAAGACCAACUUUGUAAACAUAUAAGAGUAACAGUAUUUGCAUCAGUAGUCCCAUUGCCUUUAGUAGGAUUAAAAAGAUGAGGAAAGUUAGUGUUGGAUGCCACUGUGUGUGGGAUGGGUCCCUAAAACUUAAUUACUAAACUUUUGACUGAGAUAAGGUGGUAUUUAUGUAACCUUUUAAAAAAAAAAAAACAAAAAAACACAACAAUAAUAAUAAAACAUCCACACAACUUCAAACUUUGUUUGGAGUUAGAUGUAUUUAUGGGAAAAGAGGAAUACUUGUACCAACUUCACUAUUAUUGUUUUAUAUAAUUGAGGUUUAAAAUAGUCUGUGUAGCAUCCAGCAUACAAAUUUAAUUGUGAUAUAAAAUGUACAGUAUCAUUUGUUAAACCAAUAUCAAUGCAUAAAAAGCAUUUUAAUUUUUAGGGGAAUAUACCUGUUUAAUGUGAUAGGUCUAAAGAGCACCUCUGCUAUGCAGUUCAUCUUGCUUAGUCUUUAAUGGGAAUUCUAGAAUGUCAGUUUCUGAAUGUCUUGUUUGCUCACUAGGUUGAAACUACCCUUGCUAGCCAUUUUAAAUUGGCUAAUAAAAUUAUAUUAGUGAACUACAAUGUGUACAAAAAAUCAGUGACAUGUCCAAAGGUGUUUUCUAUUUAAAUAAAAGUUACUGUGUUCUG